AGAGUAAAGUUCCUUUCACAAGAACAUAACACUAUGACCCCGGAAAGGGCUUAGACCUGGACCGCUCAGAGUCAAGUACACUGACCAUGAGGCCACCACGCCCUCUGUGCCUGACAUAAUGUCAUUGAAAUGUAUGUCCAAGAGAAACAGAGUCACAAAUUAAAAUGAAUGUCACUCCAUUUUAUGGUACAAGUUUAUGUACUGAUCCAAAGUUUAGGAUCAUUUAUAGUCCAUAUCUUGUUCUACAAUUCAAGUUUUGCAGCACAAUCACUCAGAAAUGCUCUUCAUAAUUAUAUCAAAAAUUUGCAGAACAGAUUUUAAUCCUCGAAUUCCCAAUAACACUUGUCAACGAGUCGUUCUUCAUAACGCAAGCAAAAAGCCACAUGUACUUAGCUUGUUGUAAGUCUUAUUCGUUCAUUAACUGCUAGUUUUGAGUACAUUUGGUGGCGAGUCAAAUUCUCAGAACCGGCAUUAAAGGGAGUUUAUGUGACUAGUAAGGAGAAUUAAUAUUUCGAGCUUAAGAAAGACAGGGUUUAAUGGUCGCAUACAUAAAGAACUGUUUUAAAACGUAUCCUCGCCAUGUAGACAAAAUUAUUCCGCAUGAAAAUUGUGACAAGCACUUACCAUGGGAUGGUUUUGCGCCGUCCGUAAAAGCGAAAGAGGUAGCUAAAAUAAAUUAAAGCAAAGAGUUUGAGUGGAAACACAGUCAGAAAAUAGGUCAUAACACAACUAUCAGAAAUUCUAACCAAAACUUACCACCAUGUUGAAUUUUGUCGCAAAAUGUACGUCGAAAGCGAGGUUGCACAGUCAUACUUGGUAACCGAGCUUGAUGGUUUUCUUGGAACGCCUGUCACAAACUGCAGUUCUCUGCGCUCGUUCAUAAUGUCAUCAAAGAAAAGAAAAGAUAAGUCGUUGGGCUCAUCAUCUAAAAGUUUCAAACAGCAAAAGAAUGAUUCCAAUAUUGAUCUGUUAAAUCGGUAUUUCUUAGAAGAAGAAUUUAAAGCGAAAUUUGCCAAAGCUUUUAGGAAUCAAGAGGGUUUUAAUGAGAAUGGAUGCAUCCUGCACACAGAACCAUUCAAGUGCUGUUUUCUUCCUAACUUUAUCUCAGACGAGGAGUUUUUAAAGAGUUUAGAGAAAGAUCUCCUUCAGCUCAAGUUUUAUGAGAAGUCAAAUGACUUGUACAAAUUCCAUCAGGUAAUAUUAAAUGUCACAUGGAAACCCUUCAAGUAUGCAUUUCUUAAAUUGCUCAGAUAUAUUAUAAGCAUUUCCUUUUCAAUGUUGUCUUGCUCAGAGAAUGGAUGCAUCCUGCACACAGAACCAUUCAAGUGCUGUUUUCUUCCUAACUUUAUCUCAGACGAGGAGUUUUUAAAGAGUUUAGAGAAAGAUCUCCUUCAGCUCAAGUUUUAUGAGAAGUCAAAUGACUUGUACAAAUUCCAUCAGAGUGAUGACCUAAAGAAAUCAACCAAGUCAAGUAUUGCUUCUAUGAGGAAUGUUUUAUACAAUGACUUCAGAGUAUGGCUUCAUGAGAUGACCGGUUUUGUUGAUCUGACUGAUCAAGUGGACGUGUCCUGUGCUAAAUAUGAGCACACAGAUGUCCUUUUGUGUCAUGACGAUGAACUGGAAGGAAGACGCAUUGCAUACAUAUAUUAUCUCGUUCCACCUGACUGGGAAGAAAAGGAUGGUGGUAGGUAUUUUGUGACAGAACAUGGCCAACCAGAUCAGAUAACAACUUCACUGGUUCCUCAGCGGAAUUCCUUGGUGUUCUUUGAAGUGACUCCUGUUUCUUUCCAUCAGGUCGCUGAAGUGUUAUCGCUUAAUAAAACACGGCUGUCAAUCAGUGGAUGGCUCCAUGGUGAUAACAUCGAGAGGCCUGUUCCCUAUCAAGAGCCACGCCCUAAAUCAUUUAAACCUUGUGCCUUGGAGGAUGACGUGCUCGUUGAUUGGGUCAAUCCAAUGUACCUGGAUACAGGAGUGGUCAAAGACAUAAGAACGCGAUUUAAAGACGAAUCUGAAAUACAGUUACAAGAGUUUCUUCUGGAGAAUAAAUACCAAGAGGUCCUGGAGGCGUUGCGUAACGACCAAGUAGAAUGGAAUUGGCAAGGGCCAGCUAAUAAAAGGCAUUUUGAGUACGUUGCCAUGGAGGCAGCGCCGGCUAUCGUUCAACAGCUGACCAAGUUACUGCAGUCGCAGCCAAUGUUCAAAUUGCUCAGAACAAUGACAGGAUUGGAAAUGGCUGAUGUACCUCUCAGCGAUGAUGAUGACGACAGUAGUGAAGAUGAUGACGAUCAAGGAAGUAAGGAUACCAAUCAAAAGACAAACGACGCAUCAGAGCGAGGCCCCUGUUGCCAUGGUAGCAUAAGACGCUGGGCUCACGGUUGCUAUACGUUAGUUCACGACACUGAUCCAGAAGGUGCGGAGUUUGCUUUGGACGCUUUGUUAUACGUCGGCGGAAGUGGUUGGAAGACUGAUUAUGGUGGUUACAUCACGUAUUUAACAAGCGAGGAGGAUGAAGAGCUUUUAACCGUCCAUCCUCAAGAAAACUCGUUGGCGUUGGUUUACAGAGACAAGGAGACCUUGAGAUUUGUGAAACACAUUAACAAUUCUGUGCUGACUGAUGUGGGAACUGCCGAGAGAGACAAUAACUUCUUUGACUUUUCCUUUGUCUACUUUGAAUGACUUCUCCAAGUUUGGGCAAAAAGGAAUUUGAAAAAGGUACAAACUUGUUGGUAGAGUUCGUUAGGGAUACUGAUAAUUGUAAGAACACGAUGAAACUACUAAAAGCGAAGACAGGUGUAAGUCUUUGUGACUUUUACUUAGUCGUUAGUUUGUUUUAAAUAACGUCAACUUUUCCGAGCUUACGCUAAAAGGAAUUUUGAGAAGGUACCAACUUGUCUGUAGAUCUCAUUGGGGAUGCUGUACUGUUAAUUGCAAGAAGGCGAGGAAACGUGGAAGUCUUCGUGAAAAUCUUCUUUAAAGAAAGCACACAAAGCUCGAGAAGUUACACAAUAUUGAAAACCUUGAAACCUCGAAUUGAAGAAAACCUGAAAAUAGUAGUUCACUAAGAUGGAAAAACACCAAAGAGAUCAUAAUAAACCAUAA